AUAUCGGGUUCGGAGCUGGGAUGUCAGACCGACCAAGUAAAAAAGUAGUAAAAAUGGGUCGGAUCUAACGACAAUUCAAACAGAAUCAACUAAAUUCACCCCUCGCUCGCUCCGCUUCUCUGCUUAUCGAGUUGUCUCAUUUCUCUCUCUAAAACUUAACGUUGAUUGGAGAUCUCUCUCUCUCUCUCUCUAGGGUUUCAUUUUCUCAAUCCGAUCUAAUCGAUCCCUCCCCGAUUUCUAUCUACUCCGUCGAACGGAAUCCAAAUUGUUGAUACAGACACUCAAUUCUUCAGUUGAUUAACACGAUCUUCGAUUAGGUUAGCUUAUGGAAGCAUAGACAUAUAGUACAUAGAAACUCAUUUAAUUGAUAGCUAUGGUCACUGAAAAUAAUCCCAGCCGUCCGAACUUUCCUAUGCCACCUUCGGCUACACCAUUUGCUCCUGCUCCUCCAAGUAUGACUCCGUUUUCAUCAUCUGGCCCCGUGGCUGGAUCAGAGGCACCUGGAUUUAGACCUGGUCCACCAGGUAUCCGAACUGCAGUACAUUCUAUUCCAUCUGGACCUCCAGGUGUAUCUCAGCCUUUUGCUUCUACGCCUGCUCCUCCUGCAUCAUAUGUGCCCUCUACUAUUGGACCCUAUCAGCAAUUCCCAACUCCACAUUAUAGUUCUACACCACAAGCUCCUCCAACAGGGGCUCCUCUGUUUAGACCCCCUACAGGUCAGGUAUCGUCUCCACCAUUUCGUUCGCAAACACAGAUGUCUCCAGUGCCAAUGGGAUCUCCACCUUCUAAUGUGAAUGUUCCUCAACCUUCGGCAGAUUCAUCAUUUUUUGCUCCCAGGCCUAGUUUGCAGCCCUCUUUCCCUCCUGUGGGUUCAUCUUAUCCUCCGGCCAGAGCCACUUUUCAGCCAUCUUUACCUGGAUACAUGAAUCAACCAGCUACUGUCUCACAAGCCCCUCCUAUGCAGUCUCCUUUUCAAUCUCAGCAAGGAAAUUUUGCACCUCCUGCAGCUACACAACCUCCCUCCUUUCCUUCUCACCAAGGAGGUUUUGCUCAACCUCCACCAGUAGCAGCCCCUUUUGGCUAUCCGAGGGACCAAAUGCAACAUGCUGCCUCCAUACCUCCCCCAGGUGGUAUCCAAGGCUUGUUAGAAGAUUUCAAUUCAUUGUCUGUUGGAUCUAUUCCGGGAUCAAUUGAACCAGGAAUUGAUCCAAAAUCAUUGCCAAGGCCGUUGGAUGGUGAUGUGGAGCCGCAGCCAAUGGCUGAGGCAUUUUCUGGGAAUUGUGAUCCUAGAUACCUACGGCUUACUACUAGUGCAAUUCCAAAUUCUCAGUCCUUGGCCUCAAGGUGGCAUUUACCUCUUGGGGCUGUUGUCUGCCCUCUUGCAGAAGCUCCUGAUGGCGAGGAGGUGCCAGUACUUAACUUUGUCUCAAAUGGUAUUAUUCGUUGUAGAAGAUGUCGAACAUAUGUGAAUCCAUAUGUCACAUUUGCAGAUGCUGGAAGGAAGUGGCGUUGUAACAUCUGUUCUCUGCUUAAUGAUGUUCCUGGUGAGUAUUUUGCUCAUUUAGAUGCAACUGGCAGAAGAAUUGAUUUGGAUCAGCGACCUGAGCUUACGAAGGGCAGUAUAGAGUUUGUUGCACCGACUGAAUAUAUGGUGCGGCCACCAAUGCCACCAUUGUAUUUUUUUCUCAUUGAUGUUUCGAUAUCUGCUGUUAGAAGCGGCAUGGUUGAGAUCGUGGCCCAAACUAUUAAGUCUUGUUUGGAUGAUUUACCUGGCUUCCCCAGAACGCAGAUUGGGUUUAUCACUUAUGACAGUACAAUACAUUUUUACAACAUGAAGUCAUCAUUGACACAGCCCCAAAUGAUGGUGAUUUCAGAUUUGGAUGAUAUAUUUGUGCCACUGCCCGAUGAUCUCCUUGUUAAUUUGUCGGAAUCAAGAAGCGUUGUGGAAGCAUUUGUUGAUAGUUUACCAUCCAUGUUUAAUGACAACGUGAAUGUCGAAUCUGCCUUUGGUCCAGCUUUAAAAGCAGCAUUCAUGGUUAUGAAUCAACUUGGUGGAAAAUUACUGGUUUUUCAGAACACAAUGCCAUCUCUUGGUGUUGGUCGUUUGAAGUUGCGUGGUGAUGAUCUUCGUGUUUAUGGAACGGAUAAAGAAUAUGCAUUGAGAGUGCCAGAGGAUCCAUUCUAUAAGCAAAUGGCUGCUGAUUUUACUAAGUACCAGAUAGGAGUCAAUAUAUAUGCAUUUAGCGACAAGUACACUGAUAUAGCUUCCAUAGGAACUCUGGCUAAAUAUACUGGAGGACAGGUUUAUUAUUAUCCAAAUUUUCAAUCUGUCAAUCAUGGAGAGAAGUUGAGACAUGAGUUAGCUAGGGAUCUUACCAGGGAAACUGCAUGGGAAUCUGUAAUGCGCAUAAGAUGUGGAAAAGGAAUUCGGUGUACAUCUUACCAUGGGAACUUCAUGCUAAGGUCCACGGAUUUAUUAGCACUUCCAGCAGUUGAUUGUGAUAAAGCAUAUGCCAUGCAGUUAUCACUAGAAGAAACGUUAUUGACAACUCAAACUGUAUAUUUUCAAGUUGCCUUGCUAUACACUGCAUCAUGUGGAGAGAGGCGUAUCAGAGUACAUACAGCAGCAGCUCCUGUGGUUGCUGAUUUGGGGGAGAUGUACCGCCAAGCUGAUGCUGGUGCCAUUGUUUCUCUGUUUUGUAGGUUAGCAAUUGAGAAAACAUUGUCAAAUAAGCUGGAAGAUGCACGAAGCUCGGUGCAGCUAAGAAUUGUGAAGGCUUUAAGAGAAUACCGGAAUCUCUUUGCCGUUCAGCAUCGGUUGGGAGGCCGGAUGAUAUAUCCAGAAUCUCUGAAGUUCUUGCCUUUGUAUGGAUUAGCACUUUGUAAAUCAACACCUCUCCGAGGAGGGUAUGCCGAUGUUCAGCUUGAUGAACGAUGUGCUGCAGGGUUUACAAUGAUGGCAUUGCCUGUUAAGAAGUUGCUGAAACUUUUAUAUCCUAACUUGACUCGUGUCGAUGUUCAUCUCUUAAAGCCUUCUACGAAAGCUGACGAGUCUAGAGAUAUCGUCGGGAGGUUACCGCUGACAGCUGAGAGCUUAGAUUCUAGAGGCCUUUAUAUUUAUGAUGAUGGUUUUCGGUUUGUUUUAUGGUUUGGUAGAAUGCUUUCACCUGAUAUAGCUAUGGGUCUCCUUGGCCAAGACGCUGCAGCUGAGUUAUCAAAGGUUACACUUAGAGAGCAUGAUAGUGAAAUGUCAAGAAAGUUGAUGGGGAUACUUAAACAAUUAAGGGAGCUUGACCAUCCAUAUUAUCAACUGUGUCAUCUUGUCAGACAAGGUGAACAGCCUAGAGAAGGCUUCCUUCUCCUCACGAACCUUGUGGAGGACCAGAGUGGGGGUAUGAAUGGUUACCUUGAUUGGAUGGUGCAAUUACAUCGGCAAGUUCAGCAAAAUGCUUAGCUAACAGGAUUUAUCUCAGGCAUCUAUUACCCAUUUGUAGACUGAUUAAAAUUGCAAAUAACCCGAACUGGUAAUUUCUUCCCUUCAAAACUGAGGGCGGCCGGGGUUGAACUGUUAACCAGACGGGUUCUGAAACAACGAUUUGUUUGGUGCAUCAAAGGAUUGAAUAAUUUGAGUGAGAUGUACUUUAGCAUUAGAUCCGGGCUGCUGUUUUCGACAUGGGAAAGUGAAAAAUAUCAUUUUUUUUUAAUUUUUGUAUCGGAGAGCUUAAUAAAUUUCUCAGCAAUAGCUAUAGUUGUGUCAUUGUGGUGCUCUAUUUUCUUCCCCUGAAGCAAAAAUUUUGAACUUGUUUAGCCUAGAAUGGAGUUAUCCAUUGAUUACAAGGUUUUCACACAUUGCUGGCAUAGGGUAACAGUGUUAUCAGACAGAAGAAUAUUGGAAAACUCAUAGCUUGGUUUGUGAUUAUGAUUGUGUGGAAACUGGAAUUAAUUCAUUUCAGUCUAUUUAUUUUGUUAUACAAAGGUGUUUUUUUAGGGUUUCUUUGAAACAGAAACUGAUGUAUGUAAGGAUGUUUAUAAAGAUUUUUAAGUUUCUGUUUAGCUUA